AUGUCGCAGAGUUUGUCCUCCAGCAUCUGCCUGCUGGCUCUUCCCCUCGUAUCGCUGCUGCUGCUCUUUUCUCCAACCGGUUGGAGCUACGACGGCCUCGCCCCGGGAUGUCACCUCUUCCCCUUCAACGUGACCAUCCGCAGCGACCGCCGCAGUACCUGCAAGGGUUCCCACGUGCUGCACGCCUGUGUGGGUUACUGCGAGUCCAGCGCCUUCCCCUCCAGAUACUCCGUGCUGGUGGCCUCCAACUUCACCCACAACAUCACCUCGGCUUCCAGAUGCUGCACCAUCAGCAAGGACGCCAAGGUCAAAGUUCGGCUGGACUGUCCUCGAGGCCGUCACCAUGAUGAGAUAGAGAUCCUGACGGCGAGGGCGUGCCGCUGCGACAUGUGCCGCAAAUCCCGCUACUGACAGCAUUUGUCGUCCAACUUUAAACCCACUUUGGAGGAUUUUAACUCAACGGAAUGAACCAAAAACACAGAAAGCAAACAGGUUCCAGCAAGAAACUGCAAGAAAAACUCCUAAAUGAAUCGUUUACAUGUCAGGCUGUGAGUCUUUAGAGUUUUGUUUUAUUCUCAUUUGCAUUAUUCUGCUCCAUAGCUGUCCUGGACUUGUAGGACUUUAAUAUUUUCUUAUUUCUUACUGCACAUUUGAGGAAAAAUGUCACCACUGCCACAAACUUUGAAACUUGCACCCACAUAGCACCCAGUAAAAAGCAAAAAUUUUGGCCAUAGAGAUCAAUCCCCCCCGUAUAUUGAUGACAUCACAGUGGGUGAAACCAUCAAAAAAUGAACGGAGCCAAAAUCUCUUAUAGAGCUAAAAAAAAAAAAAUUAUAAUACACUAAUGAAACCAAAACACACAUCAGGAUUUUUUACAAAAUUAUGAUGGGAAGGCCACAUAAUCACGACUUGGUGGCCAUGUUGUUGAAAAGUAAGAAUUUGGCCUUUUUUUUUUUUUUUUACUAAAUAUUGGAGAAAACCUCAGCCAAAGUUUCGUUGACCUUUGACCUCAA